UCCAUCUCUGUCCUCCACCAGCCUAAAGGAAAGAAGGCCAAGGGGAAGAAGGUGGCUCCGGCCCCUUCUGUGGUCAAGAAGGCUGAAGCCAAGAAGGUGGUGAACCCUCUGUUCGAGAAGAGGCCCAAGAACUUCGGCAUUGGCCAAGACAUCCAACCCAAAAGAGAUCUCACCCGCUUCGUGAAAUGGCCUCGCUACAUCAGGCUUCAGCGUCAGCGAUCCAUCCUGUACAAACGCCUGAAGGUCCCACCAGCAAUCAACCAGUUCACCCAGGCUCUGGACCGACAGACAGCCACUCAGCUCUUUAAACUGGCACACAAGUACAGACCAGAAACCAAGCAAGAGAAGAAGAAACGUUUGCUGGCCCGUGCAGAGCAGAAAGCUGCUGGUAAACCAGAUGUUCCUACCAAGAGGCCCCCGGUUGUCAGAGCAGGUGUCAACACAGUGACCACUCUGGUGGAGAACAAGAAAGCCCAACUGGUGGUGAUCGCCCAUGAUGUGGAUCCCAUUGAGCUUGUGGUCUUCCUCCCUGCCUUGUGUCGGAAGAUGGGAGUGCCCUACUGCAUCAUCAAGGGCAAAGCCAGGCUGGGCCGCCUAGUACACAGAAAGACGUGCACCAGCGUCGCUUUCACACAAGUCAAUCCUGAAGACAAAGGAUCUCUUGCCAAACUGGUGGAAGCAGUAAAGACCAACUACAAUGACAGACAUGAUGAGAUCCGUCGUCACUGGGGCGGAGGAAUCCUGGGGCCCAAGUCUGUGGCCAGAAUUGCCAAGCUGGAGAAGGCAAAGGCCAGGGAACUGGCCACAAAACUGGGCUAAAUGUACUGGGCGUGUGUCUUGUUCUGUACAUAAUAAAACUUCCUCAAUGUUG